GUAGUAUCUUGGGAGGAACCAGAAACAAGCCAGAAAUUGCGACUGGAAGGGGCGAUAAGGCGUGAAGUUCACCCGCCAGUACCGUACAAGCUGCAUCGGACCCAAAAAGUGCCGCCAGGGGAUUGUGACUGUGGAUUUGCAAAAAAUAAAAUUUAAUGCUAGUAGGAGCUAGGAGCAUGGUAUUGAACAUGGAGAUGAAGCCAGACAGGACCAAGCACCCCUUGAUAAGCGAUUAGUAUUGUUCCCGUCACUAACCUCUUUGGCAAGAUCCUUCUUUUGCCUUUUGCCUUUGCCAAUUGGUACCAGCAACUUAAAAGAGCUUUGGUGGUUUGGUUGUGACCUUGGCUCUCACUUCUUCGAGACUUCGUGCGGGUUGAGACGAAUUAUGGACUUCUGCCAGCAAGCUCGUUUGCUUGUUUCUGGCAAGAUUUAGGUGUGCAUGUGCCUGUCAUGUUGACUUACUGAGUGUGGAAUGUCUAAACCUGGCAGCUUUGAUUGUGUAAAUCCUUUGCCAACAAUCAGUCAUCAUGAAUUCCAAAAAGAAUGUCUUGACAUUUGUGAGGGCAGAUCUAAACUGUCCUGUUAAGCCAAAAGCCCCUUACUAAAUCACUUGCUCCAACUUCACGUCUUCUCUCCAAUAAAUCCAAGGUCAAUUGCUGGCAUUAGUGACCAUUCCCGCCGAUAGAGACUCUUUGCUUAACGACGUUCUGUACAAGUUGCAUAUAGUGUGACCUUGGAGAAUCCCGGAAGGCUCCCCUCCAUUCUCAUGAUGAGUCAUGAUGUCAUGAUAUUAUCUCGUCAUCUCGUCUAAUCACAUGUACGAAGUGCAAUGUGCAAGUAGCCCUGUUACACCACAAGAGUCGUACACAUCGCGAAGGCGGCAGUAGCACUCGGAUGGCCUCUCUUCUUCCUUACUUCCAAUAGAACCCGUAUUAUUCAAAAAGGGUUGGCACUUUUUCGGUUACUGCUUCCAAGGGCGCUUGUCACCCAACCAUUCGUUGUGAUAAGGGCUUUCUACGAAUGUCACAAGACCUUGCGGAGCUGUGAAAGACUUUGACAGAAAGAAGAGGUUACUAUUUCUUUGCCAUCAGCAGUUCAGGACUAGCAGCUAGCCUGGGUCAAUCACAGGCCCUGUGAUUGCCUCAUUUUAAACACAAACAACAACAUGGCGGAUUCAAUAUCAAGUAGAAUAGACGAUGAUGACGAGGAGGAGGGACACUGGACCGAAGAGGAGGACGACGACGAUUCAACUACGGAGAUGCUGAGCCCGGCCCUGGCAGUGUUCCUGCAAAGUCUCCUCAAGGAUGCCUCAACGGUGAAUGUGGUGAUUGACAACCUUCGAGGUCUUCCCGAGUAUCGGGCGGCGAGUUUCAUCCCUCCACCCGCACCAAGAAUCUCGGAUUCCUCUGUCCCAGAACUUUGUCGGCAUCGAUGGGGAGCCGAGAGCUAUUGCGGUGCGGACCACUCGCGUAGACAACUCGGGUCUCUGGCAGAAGACGGCAGUGGCAGCACCGCCAUGGACGACAGUCUCGACACGUCGUUGACACGAGCUCCAUUGGUACCCAGAAGGCGGACCAGUAUUGAUAGUCUCGAGCAGCAAGAGGGGGGAACCAGUAGUAAUAAUGAUGUCGAUGACAUGAUGUGGACCAGUGACACUGACGACGACGAGGAUGAGUGGUGUACUAGAGGGUACAGUGAAGAUGAAGACGAAGACGACGACAGUGGAGAUGAAGAGGAAUCAUUCAAUCACAAGUUGUCUCCCACGCCACCAAGAAGAUGGCACGCCAGAGUGGAUGUCUUGAAAGGGACUCUGCUUUCGGAACUGGAUCAACGAGACUGUUCUCGUCGUCACAGUCAUUCAGCACCCGCUACUACUACCACUACAUGUAGCAACAGCAGCAACAAGUGCAUCCGAUCUCCACCCAAAGCACCCGAACGACAAGCCAGUCUGCGCCGCUUGGAGUGCUCGGCAUCGGAUCUCAUUCCGACAAACCUAAGCCUCCCGUCGGAGGACCAGCUCGACUGUGAUGUACAAAAGGUUGCUCGAAGACGUUAUGGAGUCUCCUUCCUUCAUGUACAGUCCGAUCCACUCACUUCCAUGCUGACGUCGCCGCAAGGAGAUGAAUACAGACCCUCUCUUCUCAAAGAAAACCCAGUUUUGGUACUGGAAAAGAUACAUCGUGAAGUCUGUAUCAGUGCAGAAGACUUUGAAGAUGAUCAUGAAGACGAACAACAGAAACAAGACAAUGUGGCAAGAGCAAGACUCUGUCGUCGAAACAGCGAUCAGGAAGACAUCCUCGACAGGAGUAGCAGUAGCAGCAGCCGCAGCAGUCUACAAAGAAGGUCGUCCAAGCAAAAGAGCAGCAGUCGAGACUCCAUGCCAUCCUGUGCCAAGAGGAGGCCGUCUCCACAGCUGGAAAAGAGCUCCUUCUCGGAUUGUGACUCGGCAGAUGCCUCUCCGGUUCGGGCCAAGCGACGACCGUCACCUGAGUUCGAGUCCUUUGAAGCUCUCGUGAAUGCAUUGGCCAAAGUGAAGCAGUAGCUAGCUAGCUUGGUGGUUGGCUGGUCUGACGCACCAGCUAGCUAGCUAGCUGGCUACGGUAGACUACGCUGUAGUAGAAAUAGAAAGAAGCUGGCUCAGGAAUGGCAAUAGCAAUAGAAACAGAAUAAUAAACACGGGCUUUUGCUG